AUGCAAGCGCUAAACGACGGUCCGCAAGACACAGACGACGACAGCCAUGAUGGCGCCAGGGGCGAAGGAGGCAGAUCAACCUGCGAGAGCAACGACGACAGCCGAGCCCAGCCGUCAACAGGCGGCGGGCUCAGAAGGGGGGCCUCAAAGCGGUCGCUUGGCAGCCACGGGGGUGCAGGCAGCAGAGGCUCGAGCAGGGGGGGGGGACCGAGUUCCAAGGGGGGCGCCUCUUCCUCCACGGCGCUUUCCGACCAGAACGGAUACCCGGAGGCCUUGACGAUGGGGCACCUCGAGACCGCCGUAAGGACGCUGGCCAUGCUCGCGAGGGGCGGCGGUUGCUGCUCCACGUUUGAAGAGCGCCUCGACGUUCUGAUGCAGGGGUACUACUUCGUCGGGAGGAUGGCGGGCAUGGUGGAGGAGACGGUGGAGUGCGGACGCCGGCGGUGGCUGUUCGAGGAGUCCGUACCCGAGGGCGGGGAAGGGGGGGAAAUGGCAUUCCAGGAGUGGUGCGCAAGCUCUUCCGGUGGGUACAGCGGACGAGCCCCGCUACACCUGCGGGACUGGGCCUACUGGCGGCUAGAGCCGGUGCCAGUAGAACCAAAGGAUGACAACGGCGGUGACAAGAACAACUACGAUAGCGUCGACGAAAACGGCGAAGACGACCUGGACCGGUACAUGGCAACCCCGCCUGCUGGACGGGAGCCCUUCGUCAUCUCGACGACCAUCAUCGAGAAAGCUCCGCUCCUCUUCCACCACCUGCUCGACCUCGCCGAGACCAUGGAGUCCCACGGCCUGGCCGCCCACGCGGCAGCACCCCUCGCCCUGGCCGAGCUGGUCGCCCGACUGUGUCUGGGCCCGGCCCGCAGGAGAAAUGGCGGCGGCAGCGGGGGUGUCGGCACCGAUGGGAAAGGGGCCGAAGAUAUCGGCGAAGACGGCUCCGGCAACGCGUUUCCCGCGCUGGCCCUGGCGCGCCUUCGGAGGGCAAGGUUGCUGUUCAAGCUCGGGCCGACGUGA